UUUCAACGGCAAACUACUUCUUUGACCGCCAGACGGCGAGUGAAAGCAAUGCGUCAGCUGUUCAUCGCGCACGUGCGCGAUAAACAGCCAACUUCACUUUGGUUUCGCAUGCAGUGGAUUGCAUCGGCAGCGUGCGAUCAAGCGAAAUGUCAACACCAGAUCAGUUUGUUAGGAUAAAUGGAUGUUGAUGAUGCUUCUGUUCUAGAUAUAUUGUUUGAAUAUCGUAGAAAAUCAUGACUGCCGUAGCGCUACCGCAGAAGAAAUACUAUCGGCAACGGGCUCACUCUAAUCCUAUCGCAGAUCACUGCAUAGAUUAUCCAAGGACUCCAAGUUCUAUGAAUUGGAAUGAGCUAUACCCUGAACAUUUCCAAAGUAUAAAUGACAACAAUGAGGCGGCGUUGCCUGACCAGGUGGAAUUUGCAGACAUUGGGUGUGGGUAUGGCGGACUACUCGUCACACUCUCAACCAUGUUUCCGGAAAAUUUAAUUCUUGGAAUGGAGAUCAGAGUGAAAGUUUCUGAUUAUGUGACAGACCGCAUAGCUGCUCUACGACUUCAGCAUCCUGGUCAAUACCAAAACAUUGCAUGCUUGAGGUCCAAUGCCAUGAAAUAUCUUCCCAAUUACUUCCAAAAAGGACAGUUGAAAAAGAUGUUCUUUCUUUAUCCGGAUCCCCAUUUCAAGAAGGCAAAACAUAAGUGGCGCAUCAUUAAUAAAUCACUUCUUGCCGAAUAUGCCUAUGUGCUAGCUGAAGGGGCGAUUGUUUACACAAUGACUGACGUCAGAGAUCUGCACGAAUGGAUGGUGCAGCAUUUCACUGAACACCCAUUAUUCGAGAGAAUCUCAGACAAUGAAAUCAACUCAGAUCCGAUUGUGGCAAAGCUUUACGAAAGCACAGAAGAAGGUCAAAAGGUGACGAGAAACAAGGGCGAUAAAUUUCCAGCAGUGUUUCGGCGCAUUCCAGAUCCAUAUGAGCAGAAACAAUAAGCAUUUGUACUAUUCUCUCAGUAAGAAUAAAUUAUUUUUCAUCAAAA